UUCUUUUUUUUUUUUUUUUCCCCACCCCCGCGAAGAAAAUUCGUAUUCCGCGCGAAAUCGGUGCGAAAUGAGGCGAAGCGACGAGAGGAGGAUCGCGCGAGGAACGUUCCCUCAGACUUGGCCACCGUGUGAAUAGUGCUCAUGUGUACACCGGAGGAGGAUCGAGGGGAGGAAAAGGGGAUCCGUAUCGCGAAUGGAAUCGAAGGAUCGUGAACAGUUGUGGAACGCGUGUGACAAUGUUGAGAUCGUUGUAUAGGAAACUGCAGGUCCCAGGACGGGGGAUUUAUUAGGACCUGAACGGGGCCAGUUCCGGGGCGAGAGGAAUCUUCGCCUCGCUUUUGACCGAGAUUCGCGGGUGGUAGCAAGUGCGUCGAACUUUUAACAUGCCACGAUAUCGAGAGGGGGGAGAGGUCUCGAGCCACGGUUAACGACGUUCUUCCGUUCUAUCCACAUUAUCGGUGGGAUAAAUGACGCUCUCGUUUAACCGUAGCACCCCUGAGAGGAAAACACGACGAGGCCCCGAGCGGGCCAAGACUCGCCUCCGACAUGGAAUGAAAAACGUCGCCCCGUUAACGUUCCUUCGCACGACGUAAAUUUCGCCUCCCCGCUCCUUCGAAAGUGGAGGAAGAGGAACGAUUUUCAAGGAUCGAUACGACUCCCGAUUGGAGGUUGCCCGACGUCCAGUUACCAGGCGGUAGAUCGACGGAUCGAAGAAUCGCGGUGUUGAAUGCUUCCGCGAAAUCCGUGCACUUACCCGACGACCCGCCUUUUCUUUUCUCGCGCCACUCGAAAAACUCGGUUCAUCGACCGUCGAUCCGGCGUUUCUCCACCGUUUUCGUUUCGAUAUUCGUUCCAAUUAUUAAUCUCGCCGACCCUCCGAGACCAAGACGACGUUUCUCGCAGCCAAUUUUAUGGGAAACGUAAACGAGGACGGAAAAUCGAAGCGCGGCGCGUGGUGGCGAUUGAAACGGAACUCUAAUAAUCUGCCGAUUGCCCGCCUCGGCUCGUCGGAACUCUCGCUCGUGUUUAUCGAGCGUGACGAGCGUCGUGGACCUUUACCAUUUCCCGCGAUGUCGACGCGGCCGCGAUAAGGAUUAGCCGCCGUCAGUGGUUGGACGUGGUGACGUCGUUUAACGAAGAGGAUGUGAAUCGCACACGGUAUCGAAGUGAACGCGUUUACCAAACAAUCGCGGACAUGGCUUUGAGGUGGCAGGCGAGGCUGUCCAUUGCUGCCAUACUCUUCAUGUGUACGGAAGACACGCUGAGCUUAGGAGAUCGCACGAUGGACAACAUGGAUCGACACGGUGGUCAGGGUAGACCGCGGAACCAGAUGCUCGAUCCACCCAACAUGAAACUGAAGGUGGAGCCUACGUUCGACUACUCGCAGAACACGAACGUGACAGCGCUGAUAGGGAAGACCGCUUAUCUCACGUGUAGGGUUCGCAACUUGGGCGACAAAAGCGUAUCCUGGGUGAGGCACAGAGAUAUUCACAUUUUAACGGCGGGGGCGUAUACCUACACGAGCGAUCAGCGAUUCCAAGCGCUUCACAGACAAAAUACAGGCCAAAAUAGCGAGUGGUCUGAAUGGACUCUUUGCAUAAAAUGGACGCAGAAGAGAGACCAGGGACUCUACGAAUGUCAGAUCUCCACCAUCCCCGUCAAGUCGCAUCAAUUCUACUUGAACGUUGUCAUACCGACAGCGACGAUACUCGGAGGUCCGGAUCUGUACGUUGGCGCGGGGAGCACGAUAAAUUUGACGUGCGCCAUACACUUCAGCUCGGAGCCACCAGCUUACAUCUUUUGGUACUACAACGAGCAUGUUUUGAGCUACGACAGUCCCAGGGGCGGUGUCUCGGUGAUAACCGAAAAGGGUGGCGACGUCACCACGUCUUGGCUCCUUAUCCAGACGGCGCAACCCUCCGACUCCGGGGAGUACAGCUGCAAACCGAGCAACGCCAAUACGGCGUCCAUCAAAGUUCAUGUCCUAAAUGGCGAGCGACCAGAAGCGAUGCAGACCGGAACGGCGGGACCUAUUUUAUCCUCGAGCUGUCUUUUGGUGUCUCUGAUCAUUUUGUACAUAUCCUCCUCGGUGUAAACGUCGAACACGUAACGAGUCGCACGAAUCGUCGCUGUGACGCCUUAUUUUCUUAGAGACGGGCCACCGAUCAAUCCGUCGGAUUUAAUCGCGUUGACGCGCGACGGGAACCGACGAGAGAGGUCGUUGGAGAGAAAAACAUGUGUUCGCGACCGAUGCGUGGAGACGCAUCGAGCACCGCGAAUUACGAAUUACACAAAACUGCCCACAAGAAACUCAGCGGUAUUCGUUUCUUGGAGAAAAAGAGGAACGCAUUCACGUUCGAUCGAAUCGUAUACAUAUUCGUACCUGCCGGUGAGAUAUUCGCGAAUUGAUGUUGGUCAUUCGGUCAUGCGAGUAGAAAGAGAACGAUGCGAACGAUGUAGUUUUCGAUGUCGUUUCGACGAAAACGAAAGAGAUUCGACGAGAUUGGGUGUCGAAUGGAAUAAUGGUGCGCGUGUUUCGUCUCGUCUUGGACGCCAUCGAUAGCGAACGAUCGAGGAGAAACGAGUCGUGGAGACGAGUCGCUCGAUUCGUCCCAAGAAUCGAGAUCGAUGUGUGUGCGUGUCCCGAGAAGAAGA